AUGCCUUACUGGCCAGAACCAGAAGAGGUCACCGGCCGCGCGGAGGAUUUGAAUAACAUGGAAAGGCAUUACGGCAUUGGCAGGAAGAACGACAGUCCGGCAUCUUCAUCCACCCCUCUUCCGGCCAGCAUCAAGUUGGACAACGCCAGAGGUAUGCCAGUCCCCAAGAAGACGGGCCCCUCGAAGACAGAGGCAGUUCCCGUUAUCAACCGCAAGCCAGCGCCACUCGCUGAGCCUAAGCAGACCGUUGCUGACGAAAAGCCAACCCCCAGGAAGUCCAAGUUUGAGGAGCACCUGGGGGAGGACAGCUCAUGGGCCCCUAUCACAGUAACAGCCAAAGACGACCUGGCCCACGCACCGCUCUUCGAUCUACCCCAAAGCCCUAGGCCCAAAGCCAAGCGCUCCGACUCGAUCAGCAGCGUGACCAGCAGCAUCCGGAGCUUCGGCCGCCGCUUCUCCGGCAGCGUCAAGGAGAUGUCCGACAUCGUCAAGAUGGACCGCAGCGAGCGCACAACGUGGCGCCACGGCAAGCGCGACUCGCUGACAGGUGAGCCCAGCACCCCGACCAAGGCCCGUCCGAGCGACCUGAGCGCGUCCGAGAGGGUCGCGUUCAGCCUCUCCAUCAUGACGGAUUCCAUCAAGAACCGCGGCCGCACGGGCACGGCGGGGAGUGAUAUGAGCCCCGGCAUGACUGACAGUGCUCCUCCAGGUGCCAUGAACUCUUGCGAGGUAUGCGACAAGCCGACUUGGGAUCAUUUGAUCCGCGGGAUGUGCAAGGAGUGCCAUGAGAAGGAUAUGAAGGUGAAUGGGGAGAAGGUCAAAGAUGAAGGGGACUUAUUCACCGGAUCAUGGUCGCACCAGCAAGGAAGAUCGACGUGGCCAGACGGUCAGACGCCCAAAGACGAGUAUAUGAGGCUGCCUGGGAAGAGGAAGCUGGUACGUAUCCGGCGAACCAUUUAUGAGGAUCCUGGAAAGCCGUUCGCAGACGACGAUGAGGAUGAUGAUAGCCCGCCAUCAGAAUCGUGGUUCAAGCAUGGACAGCCGCCACGUGGGUCUUGGUUCACACAUGGCAAGCCGCUUCCUGCCCUCACUCAUCGGCCGGAAGCUGAUCGCCAAGCGAGCAUAUAUUCGGAUACGGGAGACGAGAAGCCGCAGUUUCCAGAGGCAAUGGAGGCACGCCAGCGUUCGCUAGGAUCAAGGGAUCGGUAUCAAGACUCCUCCAUGCCUCGCCAGGAAGUUCCAGCCUCUGUCAGGACGGACCAUCGCCGCUCAAAGUCGGUCGCUAUGUCUCCAGCCAACACCAACACGGCGUACGUCCGUCCACGGGGGUUCUGGCGGAAAGGAAGUGCUCCAGCUGCGCGAUUGAGUGCACCCGACUCCAGUGAAGGGAAGGAUGUAAGAGAUACGAGAUUCUAUGGGUUUUAUGAUGAGGUUAUGGAUAAUUAUCGGGGGAGAGAUAGUAUGCUGUAG